AUGAAAUUAGUUUCUGUUUGGAGUCGUUCCCAUGAAUCGUAUGACGCAAAAUCAAUAACCAUGGCCGAGUGUAGAAUCAUAAGAUCUCUCUGCGCUAUCUGUGCAAUAUGGCUGUGUUGUACUGGAGGCAUCUAUGCACUGCGUUGUGAUUUCGGGAAUCCGGAUGGAUUACUCAGCAACAACGCUCUUUUCGCAUGCCACGUAGACAAUGAAGUCUUCAACUUCGCAACUGUGAUCUGCCCUAGCCACGUCAACGACAAGGAAUAUGUUUGGCAUCCGCAACCAACGUCGGAUGAACGAACUCAUAUUAACACUUACGUUACUGAUGAUGGCAAUUUUCGUUCCGUUCCUCUUUCGGAUGUAAUGCGCUCCGAAUCCGAGAAUGCAGCCAUCUGGUUCAAAUCAAAUGCUUCGACAACGGAGCUGCAUUAUAAAAAAACAGCUAAUAAGUUGAUUGCGAUAACUGGUCGCCGAUUGAUAUUCAUCUGCGGACCGAAAGAUUUGGUUAUGACCGAUGAAUUGCAGCGUCAUUUGAACCGCCUCGAUGGCUUUGGUAGAAUGCAACCACUUCCUUGGACUCCAUCUACUCCAUUGACUCAAGUACUAGCGAAGAUAGGUCUUGGAUUGGGUGCGUUUUUCUUGAACAGAGGGCACGCGCAUCUGCCCCUUCAGGGCUGUGGCAGUCGCCCCUCACCAUUGUUUGCCGCAGAUUCUGAGGUUACUAUAGACCCUGUAACCGGAAUACGUUCAUGUGUGGCGGAUCCUAUGUCACGAUUACCCAUCGGAUUUGUUUGCGAAGGUCGACUUGAACCCGAUGAUUGUAUGAUAUCCCUAUUGGACACAAACGGCGAAGUUGUGAAGGCUCCUGGGCCACAUUAUUAUUGGAAUUAUUAUAAGUUCAGGCCUUGGGUGGUGGCGCGAUAUUUUGAUGAUUUAGCAUUACCACCAUUCAAUGGUGAAUGUAGAUGCAUAGAUGCCGAAACAGGUCACGUUAAAGCCAGGAUAGAGUUCCGUUCGAAAACCGACUACGUCUGCGACAUUGCCAGCAUGAUCGAACGCCACCGUGCGAAUCCUAUCAACGGCCCUUGGUGUUCGGUGGUUCUCCAUCCCGGCAGCAGAUUGACCAUACGGUUCCCAACAGCGGAUGUCGAUUCGGUGUCUAACGAUGCAACGCAACUGCUGCCUACUGAUCAAUUCGAAGCUGAAUUCCUGCCAAAGGACUUGACUGCUCUGCGGCAACUUAAAACGGUGUAUGACUUUGAUGUGUACGAAGAAAUCUCAUACAACGAAGCACUUGCAGGCGACGCCCUCGAGCUGGAUGUUUCCAAGGUAUCCCAAGGUGAGGUAAAACUGAAGUAUCAUGAGGACAAACCGCUUGCGUUACGAGCAUGGCCGAACUCGUUCUUUUAUCAUUGGACAUUGAAAUCGGAAAACGACAAUGUUCCGGAUAAGAUACAUGCCAUAGUGCAAGUAUCACUCGCAUUUACCCACCACUACCGGACGAUCGGUUGUGACCGAGGACCACAUAGUGUUUUUAAUCCAAUGUUUAGCAAAGCGUAUUGUUCAGGUAAACGAAUGGGAAAUGGUAUAGGGAAGACUUACGAGUGCUCAUUACGUAUUAUGAGGAACGAUAGGCAAGCUGGGAUCCACUGCAGACCCGAUGAGGAGCUACUGCCAAAAAACUGUGCUUACGAAGGAUACGAUCUCCACUCCAAUAAGAUUGUGCCUUUCCCUGUGUCUAUGAAAACUGGAAUGCUCUUCGCCAUUCCACGAUUUCAGGUGUUUGAUAUGGGUAUGCAAAAUCAUCCUGUUAGUUACGCUUGCAUAUGUGUCGACCAUCGUGGCUACGAAAAGUCGAAGCUCAUUUUGGAGUAUAGCCGAGAAGUGUUUCACAGCUACAAGGUUCGUCUAGAAGAUGCACCUCGUACGUUGCUUCCCCAAAUAUUGAUGCCCUGGCGCGAGAUGGGAUUAUCAAGGAAAGUCCUAACCUCAUCAAAUUCGCUUAUUGCAAAGAACGUGUCCAAAACGUCCGUUAAACUACAAGUGGGCACACUUUUGUCAAUGAGUUGUGCUUUUGAUCACGGCGUUCACAGCGUUACAGGCAAUGGAGUUAUACGAACGACAUGGCUGCCAUUUCGCCCCAAAGAGUUCCAUUAUACCUUCAGCAACACAUCAUAUGGACGUGAGCUUAUUAGGACACCACACAAAGAUGCCAUUGUUGGAACACUAAUGGGGCUGAAUGUCGCUUACAAGGAGGUGGAGACGAGACGCGGGUACCAAAUUUUAAAUAUUGAGUCUCGUAGAGGUGCCAUUCUUAUAUCUAAAGAUCCACUUCACAAGCAACACGUACCAAUGACAUUUGUCUGCGGUAAGGCGCCCGAACCAGCGGAUGUGUCUAUCACCUCUGGCGAAGUUUCCUCAUCGCCGAGCCCCUAUAUCACGGGAUCCUUGGAACAAUACACGUGGCACCUAGUUCAAGUUAACGUCGAGACCACGGACCCAUACAUGCAGGGCUGCGGCGUCACAUACGCAUCCGAUGAGUUGUUCAAGCCGGAGACUCCCCAACUCUACGACGCUGACGGAGGGUCUCAGUUCGGUUGCAAGAUUGAUCUUCAGGCUGCCAAGGAAGCUGCGUUCUACUGCCCGGCGCCGUAUGUCCUGGACCCACCCAACUGCUUCAGCCAGGUCUCUGUGGACGGCGUUGUCAGGAACAUAAGCGACCUCAGCCAGUCAUUGGUGGCAUCGCGAUCCAACCACUUUGCAAUCCUGAGCUUCGACAGUUCACUCGUCGGAGUCGGAGAAACGUUGCGCCGGACGACACCCUUGGAGUGCCGCUGCGUCACCAUCAAGGGUAUCGUUCUCUCCACUAUACAAAUAGAGAACUACUACGCCAAGUAA